AUGAAGCUUUAUGCUCUUGGUGAAGGAUGUCACAUACUCACCUUUAAAAAUACAACUGUGAUGCUUGAUUGUGCAUUGGAUUGGGGUAAUCAGACUAGCAGUUGGGAUUUUGUAAAGCGGAAUGUUAUUCAAAAUGAUCCAUCAUCAGGAACAAAAUCAAUGCUAAAUUUAUUGAAUAGAACAAACCGAUUGAAUGUAAACUCUCUUUCAUCAUCAUCAACUAAAAUUACACAACAAGAUUUACAACCUCCAUCAAUAGUUUUUAAAGCUCCGAAUUUUCAUAAAAUUGAUGCCUCACAAAUAGAUUUAAUCCUCAUCACAAAUCCACAUAAUUUAUUAGCUCUACCAUUCUUAUAUCAGCAUUUAAAGGAAAUUGCUAAGGAUCAAAAUUCAGACAAGGUCAAAAUGCCUACUAUUUAUGCCACCGAACCAACAGUACAACUCGGAAAGAAAAUGAUGCAAGAAUUAAUUGCCUAUGUGAAACAAAGUGAACAUUUGGAAUUAUCUAGAGCAAGUCAAAUAUUCAAACCGGAGGAAAAUAUUUUCAUGAACAAAUUAUCACCACUCUUAUCCGAAAAGUUUAUUUAUUCUAAUGAUGAUGUAUUAAGAGUUGUAGAGUCAAUGAAGAGUGUCAGUUAUCAGGAAAGAGUUGCAGUAUUUGGUGGAGUAUUCGAAAUAUCUGCACUCAGUAGUGGUUACAGUCUAGGAUAUUGUAAUUGGUUAAUUAGAACAGAAUAUGAGAAAAUAUUUUAUGUUAGUCAUAGUAGUAGAUCUGGAGUUCAAGUACGUCAUCCUGCAGAAAUGGAUCUCUCAACUGUGACAUCUAUCGUGCAGGCCCCUGGAUCAUCAUCUGGAACUGUAGCAACAAUUCAAUCAGGAGUCAGUGGAUCUAUGGUAAAUACUGUCAUGAUUGUAUCAAAUAUUUGUCCAAAGAGUGACAGAAACUUACAAUAUUUUGAGCAAGUAUAUCAACAACUUGCCUCAACACUAGGACCAAUAUCUAAGAGUCAAUUAUAUGCUAUCGAUACUGAAAAUAUCAAAAUUGUAAAACCAUUAUGUCAUUACUAUCCAGAAGCAACUUUAAAUGAUAUUUGUAGAAUAAUAGGAAAAACUAUUGAAUCAGGAGGAGAUGUUCUCAUUCCUUGCCAUACUACUGGGCUUAUUUAUGAUUUGAUUGACUUUUUAUCUACAUUCUUCAACUCUGUACAUUUGGGUAAUACUCUCAUUUAUUUAGUAUCACCAGUGGCAGAUCAUGCUAUUCAAUAUGCUAACAUCAGCGCUGAAUGGUUGUGUGACUCAAAAAUGGAUAAAACUCUGACAGCAGAAAGUCCAUUUGCCCACGUCAAUUUGCUUCAAAACAAAUCCUUAGUAGUUUUUGAUAGUGUAAACUCUAAAUUUAUGAGUUAUUAUCAGAGUCACAGAGUUUCCAAUCCGUGUGUUAUUUUUGCUGGUCAUCCUUCUUUGAGAAUGGGAGAUAUUCUCCAACUCAUUCCAAUCUUCCAAAGAAAUAGCAACAAUGCCAUGAUAAUGAUUGAACCAGAAUAUUCCUUCCUCGAUACAAUUGAACCAUUUUUACCUCCACCUGGACAGCAAUCAAUGAAGUUUAUUCAUUGCCCUAUUGAUCUUCGUUUGAAAAAUUCAGAUGUUGUACACAUGGUAAAACAAGUAGCUCCUCAACAUUUGAUUUUGACCAAUGUUGCUGUAGACAUUCCACCUUAUAACCUGAAGAAUUGUUCACCAAGUACAGAAUUACAAAUUGCUUUGAAUAGCUACUCUGCUUCAACUGCCAGUACCCUCUUGAACAGUUUGGAUAUGCGAACAAUUUCUAAGUUUGUUUCAGAAAAGAUUCAUACAAUUUCCACUCCUGGCUCAAGUAUAAGAUAUGGCAUUGAUGGUGAUGAUAUUCUCUCAAUCAAGAGACAUCACAUGAAGAGGAAAUACGAAAUGGCAACUCUCUCACACAACCUUGCUCAAACCAUUUAUCCAAAGGUAGUUAAGGGUGUUUACGUCUCACGUGUCUCUGCUGAAUUAACAUCUAAGGAUGGAAAACAUAUAUUGGAUGUGACAUCAGAAGAUGAUUCACAAUCUGAAGAAUCAUCCUCCAAGAAGAGAAAACACGAUAAGGAUCUAAUGGUAUUUGGUGACAUUAGUGUGGAGAAAAUUGUUAAACAUUUACAAGUUGAAGGAUUUGAUAAUAUCACAGUACUGACAUCUCCAACAGAUUAUGGUACCUACACAAUCGUCAUUCCACAACUUGGUAAAAUUAUCUUUAACGCAGAAGACACCACCAUUGAGACACAGGACGAGACCUCACGUCAGUACCUCAAAGAGGUCCUCAUGCAAAAUUUGUACAUGUUGUAAAUACUAUCAAGUAUAAUAAUAAUAUUUUAUACAAUCAUCAUUAAACAUUACCUUCUUUCAAA